CAUCAAUUAAACCUCAACCCAAACUCCUCCUCCCCCAUCAACUUCCCAUUUCUUAAUGUACCAUAUUACCUUCAAAACCCAACAACCGCAAAAACAAAUCAAAAACCGAAAUCAAACAAAACGAAGAAAGAUCCCAGUUUUAACCCAUCACCCAGUCUCCCCUCUUCUCCUCAAAACCCAUGUAAUUUAGAUCUCUCCACCCAAAAUCACACCGACCCAGAUGGCGAUUUCAGCGAAUUCACCAUCUUCACCGGCAAAAUCCAUGGAGGCCAUGGCCAUGGCCUUGCUGUUCUCGUCGCUGGUGGUGGUUUUGGCUGAAGAGGGAGAAGCCCAGAAAGCUCCAUGGAGGAUUCACACUCUCUUCUCUGUGGAGUGCCAGAAUUACUUUGAUUGGCAAACUGUGGGCUUAGUGCACAGUUUCAAGAAAGCCCAGCAGCCUGGGCCCAUUACUAGGUUACUGAGUUGUACUGAGGAGGAGAAGAGAAGGUAUAAAGGAAUGGGCUUGGCUCCAACAUUUGAGGUGCCUUCUAUGAGCAGGCAUCCACGGACUGGAGACUGGUACCCCGCCAUCAACAAGCCAGCAGGUGUAGUGCAUUGGCUUAAACAUAGUAAAGAUGCAGAAAAUGUUGAUUGGGUUGUAAUAUUGGAUGCGGAUAUGAUUAUUAGGGGUCCAAUCAUUCCAUGGGAACUUGGAGCAGAGAAAGGAAAGCCUGUAGCUGCAUUCUAUGGGUACUUAGUGGGAUGUGACAAUAUUCUUGCGGGUUUGCACACUAAGCAUCCGGAACUCUGUGAUAAGGUUGGUGGCCUUUUGGCCAUGCACAUUGAUGACCUCAGGGCUUUAGCACCUAUGUGGCUCUCCAAAACAGAGGAGGUGCGAGAGGAUCGUGUGCACUGGGGAACAAACAUAACUGGUGACAUAUAUGGACAGGGUUGGAUUAGUGAGAUGUAUGGCUAUUCAUUUGGUGCUGCAGAGGUAGGCCUUCGUCACAAGAUAACUAAUGAUUUAAUGAUCUACCCUGGUUAUAUUCCAAGACCUGGAGUGGAGCCUAUACUCAUGCACUAUGGCUUACCAUUUAAUGUUGGCAACUGGUCGUUUAGUAAGUUAGAACACCAUGAAGAUGGCAUAGUCUAUGAGUGCAACCGUCUUUUUCCAGAACCCCCUUAUCCUAGAGAGGUAGUCAUGAUGGAAGCUGAUCCAAACACAAGACGUGGCUUAUUUUUGAGCAUCGAGUGCAUCAACACUUUAAAUGAAGGACUUGUCCUGCACCAUGUUUCCAUGGGCUGUCCAAAGCCAAAGUGGAACAAAUACUUAAGUUUCCUGAAAAGUAAAAAGUUUUCAGAGCUCACUCAGCCUAAGUAUUUGGAUAGCCAUCGAACAAAUGGACAGAAUAUUGAGCAAAAACUGGAAUCACAAAGUAGUGGACAGAAUAUUGAGCAAAAACUGGAAUCACAAAGUAGUGGACAGAAUAUUGAGCAAAAACUGGAAUCACAAAGUAGUGGACAGAAUAUUGAGCAAAAACUGGAAUCACAAAGUAGUGGACAGAAUAUUGAGCAAAAACUGGAAUCACAAAGUAGUGGACAGAAUAUUGAGCAAAAACUGGAAUCACAAAGUAGUGGACAGAAUAUUGAGCAAAAACUGGAAUCAGAUGAAUCACGAAGUAGACAUCCAAAAAUACAUACCCUUUUCUCGACAGAGUGCUCACCAUAUUUUGACUGGCAAACUGUAGGGCUUGUACAUAGCUUCUAUUUGAGUGGCCAGCCGGGUAAUAUCACUCGCCUUCUGAGUUGUACUGAUGAAGACUUGAGGAAAUAUAAAGGCCAUGAUUUGGCCCCCACUCAUUAUGUUCCUUCUAUGAGUCGACAUCCACUCACUGGAGAUUGGUACCCAGCAAUCAAUAAACCAGCUGCUGUUCUCCAUUGGCUUAAUCAUGUGGAUACAGAAGCGGAGUUCAUAGUCAUUCUAGAUGCUGAUAUGAUACUCCGGGGUCCCAUAACACCAUGGGAAUAUGGUGCAGAACGUGGUCAUCCUGUUUCAACUCCCUAUGGAUACCUAAUUGGAUGUGACAAUGAACUUGCAAAGAUCCACACUCGCAACCCGGGAGCUUGUGACAAGGUCGGUGGCGUCAUAAUUAUGCACAUUGAUGACCUGCGAAAGUUUGCUUUACUGUGGUUGCAUAAGACGGAGGAAGUUCGAGCUGACAAAGCUCAUUAUGGGACUAAUUAUACUGGGGAUAUAUAUUCAUCUGGAUGGAUAAGUGAAAUGUAUGGUUACUCCUUUGGUGCAGCUGAGUUAAAUCUCAGGCAUGUCGUAAAAAGCGACAUAUUAAUUUAUCCUGGUUAUAUUCCUGAGCAUGGAGUCAAAUACCGUGUCUUCCAUUAUGGCUUGAGAUUCGGCGUUGGAAACUGGAGCUUCGAUAAAGCUGACUGGAGAAAUACUGACAUGGUAAAUACAUGCUGGGCGAAGUUUCCGGAACCUCCUGAUCCUUCUAUGAUCUCUGAUACAGAUGAUGAAAAUAACCGACAAAGAGAUCUUUUGAGCAUUGAAUGUGGCAAAGCACUGAACAGAGCUCUCUUUCUCCACCAUCAAAGGAAAUGCCCCUCUCUGGAUUCCCUUACCAAAAUGAACACUCCCGAAAGAUUUCAUCCAUCAAGAAAGAUAUUUGUCCCAAUAGAUGUAUCUAAUGCGUCAUCUGUUCUUGGAUCGAGCAAUGAGCAUAAGUCCCCAAGGGUUUGGAUGAUUGGACUCUGGGCUCUCUCUGUGUUAGGUUUCUUGGCUGUUAUCUCGAUGGGGUUCGCAAGGCAGAGACAUGAGGGUCCGAGGAUGAAGGCUAGUAGACGCAAAAAGUUUGAUGUUGGUUCUUCAGAUGCAUGAUCAGAAUCUCUAUAUGCUGAUCUUACUUUGUACAAUAGAGGGUAAUGAUAGACCAACGCUGGAUUAAAACUUAUGUUUUAGUACGAUGAAAACGAAAAAAGUGCCUGAAUCAAAGAGCCUAGAACAGUUAGAAGCUGAGUUGAGGGUGACCACAAGAUGGUGGAUUCUUCACUUGCUGGUCAGACCUUACGUACUAUUGGAGAAAGUAUACUGAACUUUUUUUUAAGGGGGAAAAAAUUGUUACUGGCAGGAUUCUAGGAGGAAUUAAUCAUUGACCGAGAAGAAUGUGAGAACAGCCAAAAUUUUGCAGCUUUUUAUGAAUUUUCUUGAAUUCAUGUACUUCUACUGAGGGGAGAGAUUUGUGAAGGGAUGCAUUUCUUUAAAAUUAAACAUACAACAUAGCUCCUGCUUUUAUUUACUCCAGUGGGUUAUAUGUUUCAAACUGUAGAUGUUUUAAAUCUGUACUUUGUUAAGAGCAUCGUGAGUUCAUCUGUGGCUGUGGUAUUGUCAAUAUCAUAACAUCUGCUAAAGAGCUUAACAUUC